AUAUUCACUCAUAACCAGCCUCUGUUCAAGAACUGAUUUGUCAAUUCUGAACAAAAAACAAGCUCGCAAUCGAAGAGCAGACUGAUUAAGACCAACUAACUGUGCCUCUGAAACUGAUUCCCCAGUGUUCCCAAAGAGGGUAGGCUAGGCCUGAAACCUGAAAUUAGACCGAACAUAAUUGUGCAUGAUCGUAUUCAAGGUGAGCUUUGAGUGCCUCAGUUAAUUUAUGACGCAUGGCUAUUCUUUCGGUCUCAUUGGUUGGAAGGGCCCGGUAUCAUUCGUAGUCCAUCCACUCUCUGAACAAGUUUGAGACCAAAACAUUACCCAGCACACACCAUUGUGAUAUACCGUACCUGCUGGCUGCUGCUAGGACGUCUGUGGUAGGUAAUUUGCAUGCUCGAAUGCCUCCAAACCAAAGUUAUACAAACUUAACAAUUCGGUAAGGAUUUCCAGCGCGAACGUGAAUGAGACACGUUCGACCCAGUUGGGUCAGACAUCCCGGUGAUACCAUUGUCAGUGCAACAGAGAGAAACACUCGAACACAAUACUUGUCACAUUUGUAGUCAAAGAGUUUUAGCCUAUUGAUCCACCGAAAUCAACACCUAACGAUCGAAGCUAGGGUGAACCACCUUCAUGGUAAGUUCAACUCAUUUGUGUCUGAAGGGACCGGAUGAAUGGUGAAGCCCUUUCUAAUCAUUCAUGACGAGCGUUAAUCCCAAACAUAUGAUGUCACCAUGACAAUGGCUCCCAUGCUCUCUUGCAGUUUCUCCUGCGACCUCGAACAGGACGGGAGAAAAAUUGAACCAGAUCGAUUGAUUCUAACUGGUCAUGAAGACCGCUAGCAAUAAACACAAGCACAACAAAAACAAUGAACAUCCUACUCCUAAUCUUGGCGAAACUCCGUCCAAAAGUGUGGGCUCAUCAGAUGGCUGCGUUGAAGAUGAGGAAAACAAUGCUUUUCAAGGCAGUUUGUGGCGCCAAAUUGGAGCCGUGAUGGUCGUGAGUUCAACCAAUUUCCUCCAAGGUUGCUCUCUGCCAACCGCUUCAUUGGCAAGCGCUCAAUUAUCGUUGUUGAGCUCCGAUCUGUGUGACAGAAAUAAUGGCUCGGUGCUGGGAUGCCCGACCAGGGGGCAUCAUUUCCUUUAUCAAUUGGAUGAUCUCCAGAUCUCGGAAGAUGACAUCACUUUGGUGGAGAUCUCCUGGCUGUUGGGCCAUCUCGUCUCCGCUGUGACAUCCAACCCAAUUGCAGAAAUCAUUGGCAGGAAGAAAUCACUUGUCAUUGAUGUUAUCGCCUUCAUGUGUGGGUUCCUGCUCAUGGCAUUGGGCGACUCCGUGCUCCAAUUGUGCAUUGGCCGACUCCUACUGGGAUAUCCACUUGUCAGCUCAGUCUACCUCUGCGAAAUUGUCCAUCCGGAUAUCCGAGGUCUAAGUGGUGGAACCUACUCAACUUUGAAUGCGGUUGGGUACUCGUUAACACUCCUGUUGGGGGCAGUGCUGCCCUCUUGGCGAUUGGCCCUACUGAUAUUGGCCAUACUUCACUUACCCAUAUUGGUUCUGAUCAUUUUUGUUCCCGAAUCUCCCACUUGGUUGAUCCGCAAAGGUCGUGUUGACGAGGCUGAAUUGGCCCUCAAGCGACUUCGUGGAGCUACCGUUCAUCAUGCCAAAGAGUUUAGCGAUCUCAAAUUUCAAGUUACACACAACUUUAAGCGUGAUGAUGACUCGGCUAAUUCCAACAUCAUGAACGUGUUCAAAUCUAUGACGAGGAAGAAUUUCCUCCUGCCGUUUUUCUAUUUAUUUGUCCUGUACGUCGGAAUCGGGUGGAGCGGAGUCACAUUCAUCACAUACAACAGUAUUCAAUUAUUCCAGGAAGAACACCUGCUCUUCGUUGACAAGUAUUAUAUCAGUUUCUUGGUGUCACUGAUCAAGAUCCCGGGUGGGUUCGUGGGUAUCAUUUUGAUGAAUUUCCUUCCUCGAUCCAUGGUAUUGCAAUCCACCGGUCUCUUGGUAGCUGUCAGUCAUAUCCUUAUGGGAUUAGUUUAUCUCUCGUUGAUCCCGAAAUGGUGGGCCCUGGUGGCCAUCACCGGGGCCUUUUUUGGAUGCUCGGCAGGGUAUCUCACGUGCGCUCACCUCAUCUUGGGCGAACUGUUACCCGCCAACCUCCGGUCCAUUGGAGUGGGAUUGAUCUCAGCUUCUGAGUCAGUUUCAACCAUUGUGCAAACUGUGGCUUCGGACUCUGUGAUCGAUCAUAUUGGCCGAUCUGGCCUUUUCUUUGUCUUUGCGGGUGUAGUGAGCGCCUCUGUGUUUCACGCCCAUUUUCUAAUGCCCGAAACGAGCGGACUAACGUUGGAAGAGAUCGAAAACGUUUGGUUGGAACAUGAACAACCGGGACUCCUAAACCGACGUCUCUCGUGCAGAUUUAAUACACCUCUAUCGGCUGGAUGACGGCAUUCUUGAGUAGGUUUUCUUCUUUGUGGAUGCAGCUUUAUGUCGUAUGUUUGAAUAAACGACGUCAACAACA